GACGUACGCAAUCAACAACGUCAGUCCGACGCCGACUCGAUUUUCUUGCGUUACGUUAGAGAGCACUGAGCGAGAGUGGUGUUUAGAAAAACGCAUGUUAUAAAUGGUUACGAAAAAACGUAAAAACUUUGCAUUUUCGAAUUAAGUAAAGACGGAAACGGACGCGGUUUUAACGUGGGUAUCGAAGGGGACGCGCGAAAACCGUGAUUCGGGCGUGGCCGUCCAGUUCAUUACUCAUCGACGAUUGUCACUGUCAAGAUCAAAAACCGUUGUUGUUUGUUGGUGUAAGUUUAAAAAAAAUGUACAGAUGUGUUAAGAAUUAAGUUAAAAGAAGUUUCAAAUAAAAAGUUAUUUAGUUUAAAAAGAAGAUAUAAUGAGUACUAAUAAUUUAAAUUCGACGCCGAUUCCGGCGUCUUCCAAUACGCAAGCAACGGCUACCAUAAAAAGUAGACCAAACAUUAUGCCGAGUAGUUAUAUGUAUACUUCAAGUAGUGGGUUACUGAAUCGUAGCAGUGAAAAUAAACCAACUCCUCCACCUACUUUACCUAAGUAUACCUCGAGCUUUAACGCCGGUAGCGGUGGUUUAAGAGAUCGCGAAAAAGACAGUAUCGGUGGUUCUUAUAGAUUAUCAAGUUUGGAUCGGUUAGCAAUGCGUCAAAAGUUUAUGGAUUCAAACGGAACUCCACCACCAUCAACCCAAACCAACGGAAGCGAAACAUCAUCCGUACAAACAAAAAGGGAAAUGUUUUUUACAUCAACAGAACCGAAACAAGAUUCAAAUCGUCUCAACAAAGUUCCUUCACAAGAAAAAACCAGCCCAGAGAAACCCGAAGAAAUCAAAGACACCUCCCCGCCGGAAGUAAGAUCAGAAAUCAUAAAAGAACGUCCCAAAUUAAAAGAAUUAGACGGUUAUGUUGGUUUCGCAAAUUUACCAAAUCAAGUUUAUCGCAAAGCUGUCAAAAAAGGUUUCGAAUUUACCCUAAUGGUCGUUGGCGAAUCAGGACUUGGUAAAUCAACUUUAAUUAAUUCCAUGUUUAUGACCGAAAUUUACAAUUCAACCGAUUAUCCCGGACCAACACAAAGACUUAAAAAAACCGUCGCCGUCGAAACCACAAAAGUUCUUCUAAAAGAAAACGGAGUAAAUCUUUUAUUAACAAUGGUCGACACCCCCGGUUUCGGCGACGCCGUAGAUAACUCAAAUUGUUGGGUCCCCGUUAUCGAAUACAUCGAAUCGAAAUACGAGGAUUAUUUAAACGCGGAAGCUCGAGUUACGCGUAAACAAAUCCCUGACCAACGCGUUCAUUCCUGUCUGUAUUUCAUUCAACCCUCGGGGCACGGACUAAAAUCGCUCGACAUAGAAUUCAUGAAACGCCUUUGCGACAAAGUAAACAUCAUUCCCGUCAUUGCAAAAGCAGACACGCUCACCCCCGACGAAUGCUCAUUAUUCAAAAAACAAAUAUUAAACGAAAUCGCUCAAAACAAAAUCAAAAUUUACGAAUUUCCCGAUACACUAGAAGACGACGAGGAACAUAAGCUCAAUAAAUCGUUAAGGGAACGCGUCCCAUUCGCGGUCGUCGGUUCUAACGUGGUCAUCGAACAAGAAGGGAAAAAAAUUCGAGGGAGGAAAUAUCCCUGGGGUGUUGCGGAAGUUGAAAACUUAGAACAUUGCGAUUUUAUCGCGUUAAGAAACAUGGUGGUUAGGACGCACUUGCAAGAUUUAAAAGACGUCACAAACAACGUUCAUUACGAAAAUUAUCGUUGUAGGAAAUUAGCCGGGUUAGGAGUCGAUGGGAAACCAACCAGGAUAUCAAACAAAAACCCCCUAGCCCAAAUGGACGAGGAAAAACGCGAGCACGACUUAAAAAUGAAAAAAAUGGAAGCAGAAAUGGAGCAAGUUUUCGAAAUGAAAGUACGCGAGAAAAAACAAAAAUUAAAAGAUAGCGAAAUGGAAUUAACAAGACGCCAUGAAGGGACGCGAAAAACUUUGGAACAACAAGCGAAAGAAUUAGAAGAAAAAAGGAGACAAUUCGAAUUAGAAAAGGAGGAAUGGGAAAAAGAAAACCAAGUUACGUUGGAGGAAUUACGAAGAAGAUCGUUGGAGGGUAGUAGAGAAACGGUUGAUGGUAAGAAAGAAAAGAAGAAAAAAGGGUUAUUUUAAGUUUUUUUUCUAUCAUCACAGAUUCGAUUAAUAAAAAUUAAUUAAAAAUAAAAAUUUGAUUUUCCGAUUUAGCUAAUUAAUAAAAAAUCCAAAAAUUGUGUAGGCUUUGAUUCCAAAUCAUCGUUAUAGUGAGACUAAAAUUAAAUUUACUCAACGCAAAAAAAAAAUAAUACGUAAAAAAGCAAAAACUAGCCUAAAAAUAAAAAAAUAAUUUAAUAAAUAAAAUUAAUUUUAACUGCCAACUUUCUAUAACGAAAAAAAUUAAAUAAAAAAUUAAGUAUCUCUGUGUAAUUUUAUCUACUUGCCCGUAUUGUAAUAUUUUAUACGUGACUAGAGACCCACAACACUUGUUCCUCCCUUUAAAAAAGGUAAUUAUUAAGAAAAGGGACGAAAAAAUGUACGUUUAGAGAAUAAUUAUAUAAUUAUUAUAUUAAGAUGAAGAUGGAGAGUAUAUAUAACGAUUAAUUUAUAUGACAAAAAAAAUAAACAAACUCGGUUUAGUUCGACUUUUAUUAUUCGUCUUGUAUUUGGACGGCUCGCUUUGAUGCAUUGUGCCAUCGUUUCUUUUUAUUUUUUAUUACAUGUACGUAAAAUUUUGUGCAAAUAAAUCUUUUAAGUACCA